GCCAGUUGGCUCGUCCGCCUGCUCCCUGGUUGCCUCUUCCGAUGGGCGUGCCAGCUGUUGCCCUCGCGGGCCUCUUGAGGCUUGCCCAUGGCUGCACAAACCUCAUCGUGACCCCGGGAGCGUCUGCUGACGGCUCUGUGAUCUUUUCGUAUACGGCCGAUUCCGGGGAUUUGUACGGAACUUUGGGCCACUACCCUGCCGGAAAGCAUCAGCCUGGCGAGACACGGGCGAUUUGGAACUGGGACACCGGCAAAUAUUUGGGCGCGAUUGAUGAAGCGCCAUACACAUACAACGUGAUUGGCAACCUGAAUGAGCAUGGCCUGGCCAUUGGCGAGACCACCUUUGGAGGCAAUGAGACCUUGGGUGGCGGGGAGGGCAUCAUGGACUACGGCAGCCUCAUUUGGGUCACGCUUCAGCGUUGCAAGACUGCCAGGGAGGCGAUCUUGAUGUUUGACGAGCUGGUGAGCAAGUAUGGCUAUGUGUCUGACGGCGAGUCUUUCACCAUUGCGGACACCAGCGAGGUCUGGGUGAUGGAGUUGAUCGGCAAGGGUCGCUUCGAGAAGGGUGCCGUGUGGGUGGCUAUUCGUAUUCCAGAUGGGCACGUCAGCGGGCAUGCCAACCAGGCAAGGAUCCAGAAGUUUCCGCUGCGCGAUGCGGAAAACUGCGUCUAUUCCUCCGAUGUCAUCAGCUUCGCGGUGAAGGUGGGGCUUUGGGAUUCCCAGCGGCCGGAGGAGGAGUUCAGCUUCGCGGACUGCUACGACCCCAUCUCCUUCACCGGGGCGCGGCUCAGCGACGCCCGGGUGUGGUCCUUCUUGUCCUCGGCGGCUGCCGACCCAGGCUUUGGGAAGACCUAUGAGGAGUACGUGCUGGGCCACAACGUCACGGCGUCUGCCCGCAUGCCGCUGUCGAUUCCGGCCGGGUCUAAGAUCUCGGCCCUGGACUUGAUGUCGCACAUGCGCAACCACUAUGAGGGGACAGUUCUGGACUCUCGACAUGAUGUUGGGGCAGGCGCGUCUGGCUCACCGUUCCGGGUGCGGCCCCUGGUGUGGAAGGCCGGCGGAAGCAGCUAUGUGCACGAGCGGGAGGUGGGAACGCCCCAGGCGGGCUGGAACUUUGUGGCGCAGCUGCGGCCUCGGCUGCCGAGGGCCAUGGCUGGCCUGCUGUGGUUCGCCCCCGACGACGCCACCUUCUCGGUGCACGCGCCCUUCCACGGUGGCACCACUCGUGUUCCACAUGGCUAUGCUGAUGGCACCGGGGAUGCGCUGCACUUCUCUCAAGAGUCCGCCUUCUGGGCUUUCAACUCGGUGGCGAACUUCCUGUACCCAAGGCCUGGUGGUGAAGCCUGGGUGCAGCUUGCGGGGGAUGUCCUGUUCAACGCCUCCGCGGAGACCGACUCCGUGGACGUCUUCAUCGGCCACUCCUGGUCUGCCGGGCGCUGGGAGAAGUUCUUGGCGGUCUGCCUGUUCUUCAACCUGGACCUGGCUGUGCGCUGGUCUUUGGGCACCUGCCUGGUGGCAGCGGCCAUACUACUGGCCAGGGCGAGGGAGGGGAUGACCGGCUUGGGCGGGAGCCCGCUGGCCCUGCCUUGCCUGGUGUACCUGCCGAUCACAGUGUUCUUCGUGGUCUUCUUUUGCGGGCAACACCUCCGCGGCCUGCCCCUGCUUGGGUGUUUUGGAGUUGGUGGGCAACGAUCCACGUCUGUGUGGCUGGACAAGCUGUGCAUCCAUCAGACCAACAUGGACCUCAAGGCGGAGCAGAUUGCUGCGCUGCCCGUCUUCGUGGCGCGCUCCAGUCGCAUGCUCGUCCUCUGGGAUGAGACCUACUUCGAGAGGCUUUGGUGCAAUCUUGAGCUGGCCACCUUUGCGCGCCACGGGGGCGCGGAGAAGGUGGAGCUGCUGCCCCUGUGGCUGGCGCCCUGGCUCUUGGCCUCCAUCCUCAGUGACCUGCUCAGCGUAACCAUCUUGGAGGUGCUGGUGCACGUCUUUCCCAAUUGGAGCGUGGGCCCGGACGCGAUCAUGGACAUCGCCCGAAGUGUGCUGGGGCACAACCCGGCCUUGCUCAAGUUCGUGGCCUGGUUUGUGAUCUGGAUGAUCUCGAGCAUUGUGUACCUCCCCGCCUCCAUCCCCAGCUUCUUCUCCUUUCGGAUGAAGCUGCGGAACCAUCAGUUGUUGCUGGACCAGAUGGCGGACUUCGACGUGCGAAAAGCCAAGUGCACCGUUCCUUCGGACCGGAAUGCCAUCGAGCAGCAGGUGAAAGAGCUCUUCAAGGAGGACCAUCGGCCCAUGUCUUGGCUGCCGCCUGAGGGCGUGGACGAGGGGGAGGUAAGCGUCAACAACCGCCUGAGCCAGCUGUGGCUGGAUCCCCUUGACAGUUUCAACGCCUAUGUUCGGGGCGCUUUGCGGGAGAACGUGAUCAGGCAGAUCGGCAAGGAGCUGUACGUACCAUGGCAGACCUGUCUCACCGCCUUCUUGCCCAUGAUCCUCUACUCCGUGGUGAACGUCUUGGGCUGCGACAACGGGCCCUGUGAGGUCUCGGCCAGACUGGCGGGCUACAGCUCGGCGAGCCAAUAUAUGAUCGUUCAAAGCAUCGGCUGGGUGCUGUGCAUUGCGCUGGCCUUCCCGCUGACCUACCCCACCUUGCUGCAGAUGCUGACGUGCGCGUUGUCCAGCGGCUGCCCGGCUCCGGUGCAGCUGGUGCUGGCCUUCCUCUGCUGCCCGGCGGCCUACGUCUACUGCUACAUCUGCGGGGGCCUCAUCUGGGCGUCCUUGAUUUCGCUGGUGGAGGACUACUCGGUCGGCCAGCUGCUGGUCUUCAUGUCGGUCAUGGCCUUGCUGGUGGCCCAGGUUAUGUGGCUUUUUAUCAGGAACUCGCAUUUCAAGAACCUGCCGAGUCGAUGUAUCAGGCGACAGACCUACCAAGAAGUCAACUCCGGAUUUCUCUUUGAUUGUGCCUAAGCGGGCUCCUAAAGGAGACACCCCCAUCGGACAUACGGAUCCCUCAGACCGAACCAUUUUUUGGGCUGCAAGGCAGUGCCUUGCACGCACAAAGGAACGUGGGUGCCUCAGUCGUUCGACCUGGCUCAAGAGGGGGCUCUCCAUGUUUCCGUGUGGCGCUUGACGCAUCCACAGAAGCGAGCUUGAGAUCCUAAGUGAUAGAAGGCUCCUGGUGCGACCUCAGAUAUGAGGUGCGGCGCAAUUUCAGUUGGCUCCAAAAUUACCAGUCGGAUGGGAAACAUCGGCUGGACACCGACAAGAAACCAACUAGGAAUUGGCUCCCCGAUCAAGUGGGUUCUAGGCGCAAAAGGCCUCACGGAACACAGUCUGUUCUCUUUGAUCCCACCUGGAAACCUCCACCCAAUUUCGACCACCAAGUGGUAAGCGAGCUGAGUUUUCGAUCCGCCCUUCUUGCGGCUUUUGGCUGAACAAUUCCGCCCCUUCGGAAAGGGUCGCUGGUUGCCGUUUUUUUUCUCUGAUUUCGGGGGGGCUGUCAAGACAGGGACGGAAGCCCGAGCCUCUCGGGACUUUUAAGGGUUUCAUCCCAGAGCCCCGGAUGGGGUUUUGUCGCAUGCAGAAAACGGAGGACCGAUAUGUUCAAGGCGCACCUUUUUCGGUGUCCAUUGAAAACUAAUGCU